UUUGCAUGUUACAGUGAUUAUUGUUACACCAUCAAGUGUUGGUUGCUUUUGUUUAUAGUCUUGUUUCUAUGUCUAGACGGUAACCGUCAUGUCAAACACUUCUGUCGGCGUGAGAGGGUCAUCUAGCGAAGCAUCAGGCUCUGUGCUGAGAUAGUGUAGUCAGCAUUCAAGGGUGGUAGUAAUGGCGGGUGCCCCUACUCAUGAAGCUGGCUUGCUCUGGAGACUGCUGAACCGCAGUGGAACCGAAAGCAAUGGAGAUAGCACAAAAUGGCUGGACGCAUACCACGACCCCAUGUCAACUCUGUACACAUUCACACAGUGUAUGACUCUCUCGGACAUCCAGGCAGAUGGAGACUGGAAACUGAUUGUUGCUGAUCUGGGGACUGGCAGUUAUGACAUGAAGCUGAAGGUGUACAAAAACACUAACAUCCUGAGUGAACACACCAUCAUCGACCUGCCGACUGGGGUGGUCACAUUCUACAUGGACACCCUGGAACCAAGGACGCCAGCUAUUGCUGUGGCCUCGGGUCCCUACAUCUACAUCUACAAGAACCUGCGACCAUACUUCAAGUUCACCCUCCCCCCUCUGGAAAUCUUCCCUCUGGAGCAGGAGCUGUGGAAUCAGGCUAAGGAUGACCGUGUGAAUGUAUUUAUACUGAGAGAAGCACUGGAGGGAUUGAGAGCUGAAGGCAACACGUUGACGGUGCGAUCUUUACGGUUCCUUCAGUUGGAGGCCAAUGACCUGGAGGCCUUCGCCAACCUGCACAAACACUUUCCUCUGAAACGACAGACUGUGAUAACAAGCCUUGCCACCUUGAAGAAAUCCAUGGCUGAUGAAGAUGCCAUCAGCUGUCUGGUCCUGGGGACAGAGAACAAGUCUAUCUAUGUCCUAGACCCUGAGGCCUUCACAGUUCUCACAACAAUGGAGCUGCCCAGUGUCCCGGUGUUCCUCAGUGUGAACGGCCUGUACGAUGUGGAGUACAGGAUAGUGGUUGCAUGUAGGAAUGGAUGUGUCUACACCCUGAAGAGGGGAUCAACGGAGGGAGCCAAGUACACUAUAGAACUCAACUCACAGCCCGUUGGCCUGGAGAGAAUCAACAAGAACAUCUACGUGGGCUGUAUGGAUGAAACAAUGCACUGCUUCACGUCCAAGGGAAAGAAAUUGUGGACGAUCAAAUUGCCAGCAAGCAUUACGACAAUGCACACCAUUGACUACAAACCCCGAGCAUUCAAGGCUGUCCUGAUCGGCCUCAACAACUGUGAAGUACAUAUAUACAAGGAGAAGUAUCUGGUAGACGUCAUCAAGGCCUCCGAUGUUGUCACAGGGCUACACUUUGGACGCUUCGGGAGGGAGGAUGGCACUCUGGUCAUGUCUACUCGAGGUGGUGGACUGUUUGUGAAGAUUUUGAAGCGGACUGCAUCAUUUCAAGAGAAGGAUCUUUCAGCAGGGCCGCCCGUGGCCCAAAAUGUGAAGCUGAAUGUUCCCAAGAAGACCAAACUGUUUGUAGACCAGACCAUGAGGGAGAGAGAGAAUGCUGUCACCAUGCACCGCACGUUCCAGCGUGACCUGUACCUGCUACGUCUGAACACAGCCCGACAGUACCUGAAGGCCCUGGAGACCAGCAUGAACCCCAUCUCCUCUGACCCCGCUGAACCCGUCAAACUCUCAGCACAGGUGCAAGGCAUCGGUCCUACUUUCAAGAUGACAGUCAACCUGCAGAAUACAUCCCUCAGCCAAGCCUCCUCCCACCUCUUCAUCACUUUUGACUAUGAUGAUAAACUUUACAGCUUCAGGAAGACACACAUCAAGGUGCCCAUGCUGGUGCCAGGGCUGAACUACUCCUACGACACAUUCAUAGACUGUCAGAGUGACAAGGGAGUCUCCGACAACGUCAAGGUAUAUGUGCUGAAACAAGGUCGGAGUGUCCCCCUCAUCACCGGCGUCAUCAGCAUGCCUGUCAGUGAGGCUGUCGUCGUCACAUGAGCUGCAGGAUACACCAACGUUGUCUCAGCUCUCUGUCAUCCACCUGAUUCAAUCAGGAACAAAGUACUGCUCCGUCACACUGGUGUGGUGCCAAUAAAGUCUGUAUGAAGGAAGUAAGGAUAAGUUGUUGAGUAUGUUAAGGAGCCACCCAAUUUUUCAGAAACAUUUUCCAUGUUCUGGUGAUAGUCAUAUUUGUAUCUCUGUCACACUUAAUGAACCAAAAUGUAAGGAUCCAAUGCAAGAAAUAUCAUGUUUAUUUUGGAAGUAUCUACAUAUGAUGUUUGGCAUCAUUGUAAUAAAACUUAUGUCUAAGGUACCACUGAUACUUGGUGAUAUGUUAGUUUAUAAAUAUGCCCUUCUGUAAUUAAUCUUAAAAUAUGCCCUUCUGUAAUUAAUCUAAAAAUAUGCCCUUCUGUAAUUAAUUUAAAAAAAUGCCGUUCUGCAAUCAGUUUAAAAAUAUGCCCUUCUGUAAUUAUUUUAAAAAUAUGCUCUUAAAUUAAUUUACAAAUAUGCUCUUUUGUAAUCAAUUAAAAAGUAUGCCCCUCUGUAAUCCAAUUUAAAAAUAUGCCCUUCUGUAAUGAAUUUAAAAAUAUGCCCUUCUGUAAUUAAUUUAAAAAUAUGCCCUUCUGUAAUUAUUAUAAAGAUAUGCCCUUCUGUAAUUAAAUUAAAAUAUGCCUUUGUCCUUCUGCAAUCUAUUAAAAAAUAUGCCCUUCUGUAAUGAAUUUAAAAAUAUGCCCUUCUGUAAUCAAUUUUGGUUCCAAUAUGAAUAUGUCACUGAGUUAACAAACACAAAUGUGUUUCAUCAUAACUAAAUACAGGAUUAUUUAACACUGCCAUAUUACAUGGAAAUAUACAUUAAAAGGUGUUUAAUUAUUGUCCAGGUGUAUAUGUGAUCAGGUAUGUAGUCCGUCCAUUCUGCUAACCCUCCAUUGUCAGUACCUAAUGACACAUCCUGUCACAGGUGUCACAUUGUCAUACAUCCAUAUUGAUUCAGUUCCAAGGUUUGUGUGUAUGGCGGAUGUUAGUGGUGUUGAGACUACAUGUGUGUGAAUACUAAAACUAAUCAUGUCUUUUAUGAUCAUAUUUGAUUUACUGUGCAUGUACAUGUUGUACACACGGCACUUCUUUGUCACUUUGGAUGGCCAUUUUGCAAAUAUAUGAGGCUUUAAAAGACCUCAGGUUCCAUUGCUGAAAUAGAAAUAUGAAUAAUAUAUUGUAAAACAAUUCUUUGGAACAUUUUAAGUGAUCUCAUAAAAAGAUUGUUGGUUUGGUGAAAUUAAAGCAUGAACGGGUUAGUAUGUAUUUUGACCUCAUGAGCGUUUCAUUCUUUAAUUAGUUGACUGAGAGUUAAAGAGACUUUUCAAAUAUUUGAGUCAGUGGAUACUUGUACAAAGUCUAUAUACAUGUACUUCAAACAACUCCCACAAUCAUUUAAAUACAACCAGCAAGCCUAGGAGUUCAAAGUCAUCAAUGAAAGGUGUUCUGAUGUAUUAAUAUUUGAAAGUAGAAAUAUUGUUCCCUCAAACUUUCUCUUUUGCCUUCAUGUGAUGAAUAACUAAAUUUAAUAUAUUUUGUUCUGUGCAUGUCUUCUGUGUUUUAUUAUUGUUCCUGGGGCGGUCGGGUAGCCUUGUGGUUAAAGCGUUCCCUCGUCACGCUGAAGACCCGGUUCGAUUCCUGACAUGGGUACAAUGUGUGAAGCCCAUUUCUGGUGUCCCCCGCUGUGAUAUUGCUGGAAUAUUGCUAAAAGCGACGUAAAACCAUACUCACUCACUCAGUUAUUAUUGUUCCUAGUCACAAUGUUCUUUGUCCACUGCAUCACAGCAUGGCUCACAUUGUAUGUGAAUGACCUGGGCUGACUGGUGUCUCUUAGCUGCCAGAAUAUUAAACAUAAAUGCCGGAGAAUAACCAGUCUCGGUUUUCUGCCGAACCAGAUUCCAUUGGGCAUAAAAGGGAAAGUAGCAUGUUAUAUGAAUGGAUCACUGAAAAUCAGUGAUGACACCAGGUGCUUGAAAGAAGAGUAAACAUGUCAAAUUCACCCUGAUUAUAAAUCUUGGACUGGGCAAUAGAUGUCUAUGCUAUGCAUUUCAUGUGAGAGUGAAUAAUACUUUAAUGAGGCGUUCACAUUGAACUUUCAUAGCAUAGAUUAGACCUCCAGAUUAGCUGCAUAUUUGUGUAAAAUAUGAAAAAUAGGUCAAUAUGAUUAAAUUAAAUUGACUUGCAUAAAAAUCCACACACAAAACAAGACAUCGUAGUAUACCAACACGGAGUAUAAUUUCCCACUGUAGCUUGUGUACCUGUGUGUCUUUACACAUCUUUAUUUACUGGUCCAAUGCAGGCAUCACUUUUCAUAAACUCUACUGCAGUGUAUAAUGCACACUACAUCUCGCUUAUUGUAACUGAGACUUGUAUCACUGUGAGGAGCUUAUGCAACAGGUGACACACUUAGGGCAGAACAUAAACAGAGAAAAUUAGAAGUUACCUGAUACAGGAUCUCAAGCAGAAUUAUUAUAAAAAUGUCUCUUCACUGGUUUAAAAAUACCCAAUAGACUUGAACCAAGGGAUUAAAGAUACUGAAUACCCAAAGGAAAGUAUCCAAUACCCAAUGUGAGUAAAUUCUCAAUGUAACAUUUAUCUGGAUCCCUGAUAGAUAUUUACGAUGUAUUAAACCUGAAUAUGUCUAUGUUCCUUUUCUUUUGAAAUGAAAUCUGCCAAUCUGUAUGUCUAAUAUCGUUCUUGAAUUAUGAAGGAUGUGUUUGAAUAACUGUGUAUGUGAACUGACUGUGAUACCUCCAGCAUAUUUGUUAUUGUGAAAUCCUUCACACUUCACUGUACAUAGAAAUUUAUGUAAUAAAUGGAAAAUAAGAAA